UGUUUCUAUUACUACCGUGUCACCUUAUACAUAUCAGUGGCGACGAGGACGAUCUUACCUGCAAUAAAAAUUAAAAAUGUCUUUUAUAGGAAAUUUACCUAUCUUUGACUAUAAAAACUGUGAGUGGUCUAUUUUUAAAGGUAGAUUGACUCAGUUUUUAAAAGUGAAUAAUGUGAAGGAGGACAAUAAAUCUGCAAUACUGAUUACGCAUUUAUCAGACAACUCAUACCGUCUCGUGCGUAACCUAGCUUACCCUGAAGAAUUGGAGGAACUGAGUUUUGUACAACUGGUGGUGUUACUCGACAGCCAUUUUAAACCGAAACAGUGUUCAUUUGCUGACAGAGCAAAAUUUUACGGCGCCACAAGAAAUUGCGGCGAGUCGCUGGGGGACUGGGCAGCACGACUAAGAGGAUUAGCAAGUUACUGCGACUUCGGUGUUGCCCUGGACACAAACCUUACGGACCGGUUCGUCCUAGGCCUGGGGUCUGGCCCCGAGCGUGACAAGUUGUUUGAACAAAAUGUUUCCGAGUUGAAGUUAGCUCGUGCUAUAGAAAUAGCGGAAAAGGCAGAAUGUGCUAGAGAUGCGAAGUUCCUAGUAUCAGACUCGGUGGCUGUAAAAGAAGAAGCCAUGUAUAAACUAUCGCACAGCUCAACAGGUAAAAAAAAUGGCGGCGAAAACAGUGGCGGCAGUAAAUAUGGCGGCGGGAUGAAUUCACGAAUGGCGUGUGCAUCACAAGCGGGCCGCGAUCAACAUAAGUAUUUACGCGAUUUACAUUGUUUAGUGUGUGGUUUAAAAAACCACAGCGAAGAUAAGUGCCGUUAUAAAAACUACAAGUGCCAAAAGUGCGGUAAAAAAGGGCAUUUAAAAAAAAUGUGUAAUAAAAAAAAUAAAAGUGUUUAUGUAAACCAAAUCGAAAACGAAAAUAAUGAUACGGAUAGUGAUACCGGAUGUGGCGAGUGCCAUAACUUUAAUUUAAGGUUUCAAAAUUAGGGUGGAAAGAUGAUGUGUAGCUACCUACCUACCACUAUUAUUAUGACUACCUCCUAAUAAUGUUAGAGAGCCUGUAACUCAAACACAG